AUGGUCGUUUUGAAUCCAAAUAACUGGCAUUGGGUGGAUAAGAAUACUUUACCAUGGACUAAAGAUUAUUUUAACGAGAAAUUAAAUGAUUUCCAAGUGGUCACUAAUGACAAAUCCAAAAUAAUUAAAAUCAACCAAAUUGAUAAGAUUACUGGGGACUCCAAUGUUUCACAAAGAAAGGGGAAACCCAUUUGUUAUUUUGAUUUACAAAUGGAUUUCUCCAUUCAAAUUAUCAAUGAUGAACAGGAAGAACAGGAAGCAGAAGAUGCUAUUGAGAAGGGAACUUUAUCCAUUCCCGAAUUCAUGCAUGAUGAGGAUUCAUUCGAGAUGAAAUUGACCGGAUUCUCAAAAGAUAUUGAAAAAAUUGUUAAGGAUGAAUUUUUGCCUAGCUUUAACAACAUAUUGUUACAAUAUCAAGACGAUUUAAUUACGUCUCAUUCAAAGGACUUGCAACAUUAA